GCCAGUAAAAGUUCGUAUAAAUGACGAAAAAUUACGCAAUUUGCUGAAGUGUCGCGAAACAAUUGCAGCUGAAGCCAUGUUUGCAGGUUAAAUUGAUUUAAAUUGGGGUUAGAUGAAUGUGACAGCAAAUUUUGUAAAAUUUGACAGUUAUAUAACAACAAGCAAUGUCUCCAACCAUAAAACAGAUAAACUGAUUUCCGAAUUUACGAUUGUUCCAAUUUAGUAACUUUUGGUGUCUUUAACCUUCAACGCACUCUUAAUUUCACGUGUUGGCAGCCGUUGGAGGAAAACGAAGCACAGAAACGAAGUGGAAACGAAGCUAUUCGCUGACUUGAAAAACUUUUUUGCGUACUUUUUUUCAGCCCUUAUCAGACCGCUGUUAAAUGUGCUUGUUGUUUUUUGAAAAAUAAUUUUUAAUUAUAAGUUUUAACGUGUAGUGUGGUUGUAUUAAAAAAGUAAAAUGCCCCCAAAAAAAAGUAAGAAACCAAGCAGGAAUGGUUAUUGGGAGUUUGUUCUGGAAUGCAGGGACAAACAACCCAAUAAACAUAUGAACAUGCAGGAAUUACAGACAUACGCUAGUAGGAAGUGGUCGAAUUUAUCAAAAGAAGAACGCCAACCCUAUGAAGCACGCGCUCAAGUAGCUAGAGACACAUACCAACCCACCAAACUUACAACUGAUGGAUUAGAGAUUGAGGAAGUUGAAAGAAAAGAAAAAGAACAGGUUGGUAAAAUACAAGACAUGAAAAAUGAUAUCACCAGAACCCUGAAGGCUGCAAGUUUUGCUAUGAAUCUAGAUGAGCACAUGUUUUUAAUAAUUCACAUAAACCAUUUGACUCAUUAUCCUAAUGAAGAUAGAUUUUUUAUCUGUGAGAUCGCCAUUGCAGCAUUAAACCUAAAGAAUGGAAUAGAAGAAGUUUACCAUAGCAUCGUAAAACCUGGAAAACUUCCUCUCGGAUUUUAUGGAGGCGCACUAGCUCACUCCAAAGAAACCCAUCAAUUAAUUGAUCUUGCUCAAGAAGAUCCAUGUCAAGACAAUACCCAAGAGGUUUUCGGGGAGGUCACACAAUUUCUGAAAAAGUAUCGGAAUAACCACAGUCCAUUAAUUGUGUAUGCAGAUGACAAAACUUUUGACAUGACGACGAAUGUAAUAAAUAAUUUCCGCGACGAUUUUCGAUUUGAUGAAGAGAUUAAAGUGUACAACCUUCAAUACAUGUUUUUUGCAUUAAGAAAUGCAGUGGCUGGGAAAACUGUGUGGCAGACCGAAACUUUCGCUUUUAGUGAACUAGAAAAGGACGUAUACAGUUACACUCCAAAUAUCGCCUGUGCUUUUCACGAAAUGUCAGAUAUCUCUAUUUACUGUAGUAAAUCGUUUGUUACAAGAUACUGUUACACAAUAUGCGAUCACUGUUGUGCAGAGCUGAGAAUUCAACUCGUACCUGGUUUCCAUGUACCUAAUAAGAGUAGGGUCGUUACUGAAUCUAGAAGCGCAUCAAAGGAUCCGUCAGUUUAUAGCAAUGAUGAUUCUCGAAGUGCCCAUAGCGCAAGAGUCAACAAUUCACUUAGUUCCACCUCAUAUGACGAUGAUUACCCUGCACUAGCAAGCAAAUCUAGCGCUUCAUCUGUAGUUAGUUUUUCCUCUAUGAAAACUGUAAAGAGUGCGUCUACCCCAAAAAAGACUGCUGCAAGACUAGAACAAUCAUUUAAAGCCCUGUCUUUGAAGGAAGCGGCAAAGCGUGACCAUGGAGAUUUAGCUUUUCCAAAGCACGGGACAACCAGAAAUCGCAAUAAUUUUUGAAAUUUAAACAUGUUUGAAUUUUUUACUUACUGCAGAGUUUAUAGGAAUACGUUUUGGUUACCAUUCAUGUUAAUUUGUAACUUGUUAAAUAACGAGAUUAAAUGAAUAUUUUAAUA